AUGGGCCAUAAUGGCAUGAUUAGCCAAUAUGGCGAGCCUGCAUUUUCUGCCAUAGGCCACAAUGGUAUGAUCAGCCAAUAUGGCAACGAGCCUGCAUUUUCUGCUAUGGGCUAUGAUGGCAUGAUUAGCCAAUAUGGUAAGCCUGCGUUUUCUGCCAUGGGCUAUGAUGGUAUGAUCAGCCAAUACAGCGAGCCUGCAUGA